GGCCUGCGCGGGGAUGGGUGCGCCGGGCCUGGGCCCGAGCACCGGAGAGGGAGGUCGGGCGAGCGACCGCCCUUGCCUUCGGAGACAUCGUCAUCCCCAGAGAACACACAGAGGACAUUAGCACUCAAGAAGGCUGAAUUAGCUAAAACCUUGGGAAAGAUCAAAAUUACCACAAAUCUGGGCAAUGUGAAGAAAAACGCCAUCGAGGAGCUGAAGCGGUGCGGUGCCCGCCUGGCAGAGACCGACCGCCGGCUGAUGAGGGACGUCCCGCGCGCUGGUGACAGCCCUGCCGAGCGAGCCAGGAGCCUGCUCAGCGGUAGCGCUGUGGAACGAGCCGGGACUGGAUUUCUCCCCGUGCGGAGGGCGAAGGCCACGGUGCAGACUUUGAAUCAGAACCGGCUGGAUACGGCAAGGGCAGAGCGCCAGGAAAUGGAAAAAACGAUGGAAAAGAAUCUGGGAAGGGAGCUGCUCACGCUGCUGUGGGAGCUCCAUCAGGAGCUGGAUGAAGUCACCUCCAAGGCAGAGGUUCUCCAGGACGAGCCCGGCGUCCUGCAGACCUGCACCGAUGGGCGCUAUCCGGAACGAGCUGCCCAGGCAGUCCUGCAGCGCAGCAUCCCCAGCCUGAAUGUCCUGGGUUACAGU